GCAGUUGCGUUGUAUGAUCUAGUCUUGUGCAUACCGACGAAAGUAAUGAUAUCGACGCAUUGUUGUGCGAUCGCAAGUCAUGUGAUUCGCGGGAUUGAAAUGUUUACUGACGGGCCGCAGGUGUCAACUGUCAGUGUACAGUUAGCCGCGGGUGUUCUUUAGCUGUUACAACGUUGUGAAAAUAGAUUUAUUCUUUGUAACGAUUUGAACGGUGAAUGUGGGAAACGAAAUACUACUUCACUUUGGAAAUAUCUGGGCGUAAACUGCUAGUCUGUGUUUCUCGACGUAAAAUGCGUUAAGCAGUUACUGGUUUUGGAUUAUCAACGUGAGUAUGUCGACCACACAAGGGAAACCUCACAUCACCACUUCCAGCACCUGCGUUUAGAAAGGGUCGCCCCAUAACUAGCUGACAUGGAGUGUGAGGCCACAAAAAGCCAAUGAUAUUUACAGCAUUUGACACUUCACAUAUUGUCUACCAUGGGACCACAAUAUUGGCUGCUAAUGGCAACAGGGGGCGGACUGGAGGUAUUCAAUGGAUGGUUCUACUCAAGCAUUCAUUUUUCUCUGGAGGGAAAGUUUUAACUUUGAGAGCUACAAUGGCUUUACGAAAUCGACCAAUAUCUGACAUGGCAGCCUUUAAGGAUGUGCUCAGAAAAUCGAAAAACUGUGUUGUGUUAUCUGGAGCAGGUGUAUCUGCAGAAUCGGGUAUACCAACCUUCAGGGGAUCUGGAGGAUUCUGGAGGAAGUAUCAAGCACAAAACUUAGCCACACCUGAAGCUUUCCAGAGAGAUCCUUCUCUUGUGUGGGAGUUUUAUCAUUAUAGAAGAGAACUUGUGAUGACAAGAAAACCAAACAAGGCUCAUUUUGCCAUAGCAGAAUGCCAAAAGAGAUUCAGAGAUCAAGGGAAAUCAUUUACAAUAAUUACACAAAAUAUUGAUGGGCUGCAUCAACAAGCUGGUGCUGAAGAUGUUAUAGAGCUGCACGGUUCACUUUUCAAAACAAGGUGCACCAAAUGCCAUGAAGUGUUAGAGAACAGAGUCAGCCCAAUAUGUCCAUCGCUGGCUGGAAAAGGGGCUCCAGACCCAGGUGCAGUCUCAGCAGACAUUCCUGUCUCUGAAUUGCCACACUGCAAAUCAAAUGGCUGUAGAGGACUUCUGCGACCUCAUGUUGUCUGGUUUGGGGAGGGGUUGGAUCCUGAAGUCUUGGUACAAGCUGGCUUAAAUUUGGAUUCUUGUGACCUGUGCUUAGUAGUGGGUACAUCUUCUGUUGUGUAUCCGGCAGCAAUGUUUGCUCCUCAGGUAGCAGCCAGAGGUGUACCUGUGGCGGAAUUCAACCUAGAGGAAACUCCUGCCACAAAUGAAUUUCAAUUUCAUUUUGAAGGUCCAUGUGGAUCAACUGUUCCAGAAGCACUGUCAGUGUAGUAUUACUGAAAUAUUUGUGUUCUAUUUCUGGACUUAAAUCAAAUGUAAUAGUAUUCUGAUGAGAAUGACGAACUGUUGGGAAAAAUGUAUAUAUUCGAAAUGUUGUGUUACCUGAAUGAUAAAAUUUUUUUA